AUGGCGAAAGCAUGGCAGCACCCGUUCCUCAACGUCUUCCGACACUUCAAAGUGGGCGAGUGGAAGCGGUCUACUAAGGAAGGCGACGUGACUCCUGUGACAGAUAAGACUCUCAAGUGCACGGUGUAUCGCAUCCGGGGUUCCGUGUCUGCCGGGAAUUACAUUCAGCUCCCCCAAACCAGCACCCAGUCUUUGGGGCUGACGGGACGGUACCUGUAUGUGCUGUUCCGGCCCCUGCCCUCCAAGCACUUCGUCAUUCAUCUGGACGUAGCCACCGAGGACAGCCAGGUCAUCCGUGUGUCCUUCUCCAGCCUCUUCAGGGAGUUCAAGUCUACGGCCACGUGGCUUCAGUUUCCCUUCAUCUGUGAGGCCGGGAAGUCUAGGAAAGACCUGGCUGGCGUUGCCCCCUCUGGUGCCCGCUGGACGUGCCUGCAGCUGGAUCUGCAGGACAUCCUCCUGGUCUACCUGAACCGGCGUUAUGGUCACCUCAAGAGCGUCAGGCUGUGCGCCAGUCUGCUCGUCAAGAGCCUCUACACCAGCGAUUUGUGCUUUGACCCCGCCGUCACCGUUGCCGAGGCCCGGCGGGCAAAGCUGCCUGUCACUCCGGUACCUCGAGAAAUGGCAUUCCCGGUGCCCAAGGGGGACAGCUGGCACGAGCACUACAUCCACAUCCGGUUUCCAAGUGUCGGCUCAAGAGCAUCUUCCGAGCCGGCUCAGAAGAGCCGCUCCCCUCCUGAGGCAGUUUUCCCGGGGCGCGUGCGGGAGCUCGUCCCUCCCCCAGUGGCUUUCAGUAAUCCUUUCCCGGACGGCGUGUCCCCCGCGGUCCAGAUGUUUGGCCCCACAGCCGCCCGGCCUGUGCCCAGGCCCCUUCCAGAGGUCAGCUUGUUCUGUGAGCACUCGGAGGUCCCCAGUAUGAAUGGCCCCCGUGACCGUAGCCAGGAGCCCUCGGCCAGGGCAGAGGUCACUGACAAGCACACAGCCGGCAACGGUGUUCGCACGGCUGCCCCGGAGUCAGCCGUGGUGCCCGUGGCCCUGGAGGAUGUGGCCCCGCGCCAGCCUCCUGGGAGAAAGCAGAGCAGGCCAGAGAUGACUUUGGGCGAAACUGUCUUUGAACAAAGAAGCUUUCUUCCGGAUCCGAUCCUCAAGCUCAAGGGCGUCAUUGGCUUUGGGGGCCGCAGUACCAAAUGGUGGACGUGUGGACGUCCUGUCCGGACGUCCCUUGCUUGUUCCAUGAGCACAGGCUGGGUCAGCACUGGCCCGGCUGCUUGCGCUUCCGUCGGCCUGAGAACUCACACUUGGCUGUGCCCAGGUGCGAGGCAGCUGGAGGACACCGAGGCAGGCACCGGUGGGCUCCCCCGGCAGCAGGUGCCUGUGCCAUCCCAGGCUUCCCCACUCCAGCUGGGCGCCCGUGCUGGGCCCCUCAAGGGUGCUGACGGUGCUUUCUCCACAGCAGAUGAAGAAGGACCAUCCCAGGAGAGCCACAACCCCGAGGGGCUCCAUCAGGCCUCAAGCCUGCCCAUGCUGGUGAAAGAGGCCAGCGGGGCUGGAGAUGGGGCCCAGGGGGCUGCCGGGGGCCCCUGGGGCUUCAGCAUGCGUCCCCACCCCUGUGGCUGGGCCACUGCUCGGAGCACCACAAAAGCCCAGGCCCAUCCCUCUGCUCGCCCAGACUGCUACAGGCACUUCACCGCUCGCUACAAGGCCUCCUCGCUGGUCAAGAGUGCCUCUGUCCCCAGUGCCCGAGUCGAGCGUCUGCUCCUGAAGGCCGUCGUGGGCUACAACGGGAACGGGCGGGCCAAUGUGGUCUGGAAGCCAGAUACAGGCUUCUUCGCCUACACGUGUGGCUGCCUGGUAGUGGUGGAGGACCUGCAUUCUGGCGCCCAGCGGCACUGGCUCGGCCACCCCGAGGAGAUCUCCACGCUGGCCCUCAGCCACAAUGCUCAGAUCCUGGCCUCUGCCUCGGGCUGCAGCAGCACAGCCUCCCGCUGCCAGAUCCGCAUCUGGGAUGUGCCUGGGGGCUCCUGCCGGCACCUUCUCUCUUACCACGACACCGCCGUGCAGGCCCUGGCUUUUUCACCAGACGACACGCUGCUCGUCACACUGGGGGACUACGGUGACCGCACCCUGGCCCUGUGGAGCGUGGCCACCUGCGAGCUCCUGUCCUCCGUCCGCCUGCCGGAGCCAGCGCACGGCGUGGCCUUCAACCCCAGGGAUGCCAGAGAGCUCACCUGCGUGGGCCAAGGUGCCAUCAUCUCGUGGCUCCUGCAGCAACGCGGGGCUGACGUCACCCUCCAGGUGCACCGGGAGCCCAUCCCUGAGGAGGUGGAGGCGGGCGAGCUGACCUCGCUCUGCUACGGGGCCACGCCUCUGCUCUACUGCGGCUCCAACGCUGGCCGGGUGUGUGUCUGGGACACAUGUGCCGGCCGCUGCUUCCUGGCCUGGGAAGCAGAUGACGGCGAGAUCGGAGUGUUGCUGUGCUCGGGAGCGCGGCUGGUCAGUGGAAGCAACACCAGGCGCCUACGCCUGUGGGCGGUGGGGGCCGUGCCGGAGCUGAGGCGCAAAGGUGUCCGUGCCAGGUCUAGCUCUGUGUUCAUGGAGCACGAACUGACCUUGGAUGGUGCCAUCGUGAGUGCCGUCUUCCACGACAGCAUGGACAUGGGCGUGGUGGGCACCACGGCAGGGACCCUUUGGUAUGUCAGCUGGGCCAAGGGCACCAGCACCCGCCUCAUCAGUGGCCACAGGAGUAAGAAUGACUCACUGCUCGGGGGUGUCUUAGGCGGUGCUGGUCGGAUCCUUUUCGGGAGAGACGUCCUAGUGAGCUUGCUUCCCCCGAGGCACAGCCGAGGCAGGAGUGGCAGGAUAGCUGAUCGUCUGGCUUCUGGGCUGGGUGUCCUCGGUGCCAGCUUGGUCCUCAGCAUCCAGCAGUGGCCCACCAGUUUGGAGUGUCUGUGA